UGACAUCAUCUGUUGUUUACGCACAGAAGAGAGAGAGCUUGUUGAGGCGCGUGAAAGGUGACUUUUCUGUGAAAAGAAAGAAAAAAUGGCCACUGACAUUGAAAGGUUGGCUUUGUUUGAAGAGGCGCACUAUGACCAGUAUGAUUAUUAUAACCUGGAUGAAUAUUCGUGCCAUGCUGGAGGAAAAGGAAGAACGAAGAAAGAAAUCGGAUUAAACACCAACCGCCAUUGUCCUGCAGGACAUGAGAGAAAAAUCGCUGAAAAAUACCGGAAUAGCGAAGUGAAGAGGAAGAGAUCCAAAAGCUCUUCGUCUUGAACGAUGUAUAAUUGAGCCAGGAAUGCCCCCACUGGAGAUGACUUGAGAAGCGGAUCGUGGUCCUAAUGUCUGUUAAACCUUUUCCUGCCUUGUUGAACGAGAACGCGCGCACGCGCCACUGACGCACCUGAAGCCACGGCCUUUUCCUGCCUCGUGAGCGCGCAUCCCGAUUCCGCGUUUCCGUGUUUCCGCCUCUGGAAGCGGAUCUGUCCGCUGGAGUCAGGUUGCAGCUGCGCACACGAAUAGCCUUGUUUUGCUUGGGUGUUGGCCCCCUUUUAAAGGUGUUCUUAAAGCAGUGUAUUGUGGUGGUGUGUUUUAAACGUUGUGUUGGUGUUAGAAAUCACUUGAAGAAUAAAAAACACUGAUUAAGUCAUUGGUA